ACAGCGACGCGGCGCGCCGCGCCUCUCCGUCCCCAUUUCACUUUUACACUGACAACGAAGAGACGCCAGGAUGUAAAAACAAAAGACACACACAUCGCGAUACAAAUCGCUUCGUUUGAGCGCCGUGGUCCAACGCGCUGGUUCAUUCUGCUCCAUCGACCGCAUUUUUUUUAUUUUUUUAUGUGGCGCCGUGCUCGGUGCCGGGAGUCCGCCGACCGACGAGGAGAGGCGCAUCCUCCCGCUGAAUGGAUCCCGGCUCCCCGUCUCUCGCCCGCUAACUGAGGACUCGGGUCUUUGCGGAAAGUCGGACUUUGGUUUUUGGACCAGUUGGGAUUUUGUCCCCCUUCCCCCAGCAGACUUUUAAUGAUGGCGGUGGAUUUUGAGGAGCCUGAGCUCUGAAGGUGAAGAGGACCACUCUUAAGACUCGGCUCCACGAUGGCGACCGGAGUGGCAGCGUGGCUCCCUUUUGCCAGGGCGGCAGCCAUUGGCUGGAUGCCUGUUGCCAACAGCCCCAUGCCUGUUGCGCCGAUGGAGCGCAGCAAGAGACAGGACGAGCUGAUAAUCCUCAACGUCAGUGGCCAUCGCUUUCAGACCUGGAGAACCACUCUGGACCGCUACCCUGACACCCUGCUGGGCAGCUCUGAAAAGGACUUCUUUUACAAUGCGGAAACCAAGGAGUACUUCUUUGAUCGGGACCCCGAGGCCUUCAGAAGCAUCCUCAACUUCUACCGGACGGGCAAGCUCCACUACCCCCGCAACCAGUGCAUCUCAGCCUACGACGAGGAGUUGAUCUUUUUCGGCAUCAUUCCCGAGAUCAUCGGCGACUGCUGCUACGAAGAGUACAAGGACAGAAAGCGGGAGAACUUGGAGCGGCUUCAGGACGACCAGGAAGAGAACCGGGACACGAAGCCGCCCAACAUGACCGCCAGGGAGGCCAUGUGGCGCGCCUUCGAGAACCCUCACACCUCCACCAUGGCCCUGGUCUUCUACUAUGUCACUGGUUUCUUCAUCGCCAUCUCCGUCAUCACUAACGUGGUGGAGACGGUGCCCUGUGGCACCACCGGCAACCAGAGAGACAUGCCGUGCGGCGAGCGCUACACCGUGGCGUUCUUCUGCAUGGACACGGCCUGCGUCAUGAUCUUCACGGUGGAGUACCUGAUGCGCCUGUUCGCCGCGCCGAGCCGCUACCGCUUCAUGCGCUCGGUGAUGAGCAUCAUCGACGUGGUGGCCAUCUUGCCGUACUACAUCGGCCUGGUGAUGACCGACAACGAGGACGUCAGCGGCGCCUUCGUGACGCUGCGCGUGUUUCGGGUGUUCCGCAUCUUCAAGUUCUCCCGCCACUCGCAGGGCCUGCGGAUCCUGGGCUACACGCUCAAGAGCUGCGCCUCGGAGCUCGGCUUCCUCCUCUUCUCGCUCACCAUGGCCAUCAUCAUUUUCGCCACCGUCAUGUUUUACGCGGAGAAGGGCUCCAGCUCCAGCAAGUUCACCAGCAUCCCAGCAUCCUUCUGGUACACUAUUGUCACGAUGACGACGCUGGGGUACGGAGACAUGGUGCCAAAGACCAUCGCCGGGAAGAUCUUCGGCUCCAUCUGCUCCUUGAGCGGCGUGCUGGUGAUCGCUCUGCCGGUGCCGGUCAUCGUCUCGAACUUCAGUCGCAUCUACCACCAGAACCAGAGAGCGGACAAGCGCCGCGCUCAGAAGAAAGCCAGACUGGCCAGGAUAAGAAUAUCCAAGUCCGGCAGCGCCAACGCCUUCCUCCACAGCAAGCGCCACGGGCUGCUCAACGAGCUGCUGGAGCUGACGGCGUCGACCAACUGUCUUCUCUUCAAAGAUACAGAAGAGGAUGAGCAGAAGCUGACCAAGUGCACCUCUCUGUUAGAGAGCCAACAUCACCACCUACUGAACUGUCUGGAGAAAACCACUGCUCACGUGUUUGUGGACGAGCAGAUGUACCAGCAGAACUGCUUGGAGACGGCGCUACAGACGUCACGCAGCCCCUCCGUCUGCACCCAGGACAGCGGCGCCGCGGGCAGCUGCUGUGGCUGCGGGGCAAGGAGAGACGCUCCUCUGGCCUCCGGCCUCCCCGCCCCAACGCGCCGGGGGCCCCUGCAGGAGCUCAGCGCCCUCCACAUACAGUCACACACCGCCAGUCGAUCAAACCUCAACCGCAAAACCGACGAGAGCGGCCGGCUCAACAGCAAAGGCAGCCGGAUCACCACGGCGAUCAUCAGCCUCCCGAGCCCCCCCGACCUGACGCCCGAUGGCGACAGCCUGCGCCGCCCCCCGCACAGGAGGCCGCCCCCAGAGCCGGCUCGCCGCGCGGCUCCGGGCCUCCAGACCACCGCUGCGAGCUCAUCAACCGCCGUCAACAUCAUAAGGGUCUCUGCCCUGUGAAGCGCCCCGGCUGACGGAUGCAAGGCAAUGAGGAGUGUGUGACACUGUGUGUGUGUGUGUGUGUGUGUGUGUGUGUGUGUGUGUGUGUGUGUGUGUGUGUGUGUGUGUGUGUGUGUGUGCGAUAGACACAAACAAAGUUGCUGCAUUUCUAAUCUAACAGCAGUCCAGGUGUUUUAACAGCGAAGAAUUGUGGAAAAGAAUUGCACAUUUAAGGUGUCCGGAUCAUCGUCACACGGCGUUUGGUGUAUGACGAGUUCACGCUUCAUCUAAAGAGAAAUCGUCCAAAGUUUGAUUGGACUUGUUUGUGUUUGUCUAAAGAAAAAUGAAAAAAGGAAAGCAGCAUUUUAAGUCCUGUACCUACGAUGCUGCUAAUGUCAUAUCGCUGAAAUGUGAGUUGUUUUGAAUCAUUUUGUUCAAAUUUGUAUCUAUUCAAGGUGUCAAAGACUUAAACCAAACUGUGCUUUUUAGUUGCUUCAUUGUUUAUAUUCCUGACUUCAGGCAGUGAGGCUGACCGGACUCUGAUUUCAUCAUUUACAGGUUUUCAUACUGAAACAAAGCAAAUGUUUUUUUCAACUUGAUAGUGAAAAAAAAAAAAAACUCCAGCUGAAAAAAAAAAUACUUUUAAUAUUUAUAUAAAAGAAUGAGUCCAGCUUUAUUCUCUAUUUUCUUUCUAAUUGUGAAUAACAAAAACCUCACUGAAGUUUGUUAGCUGGUCUGAGGUGAUCCCCCUUUCUCUGACCCUCAGACCCAAACAUUUUUGUUCCUAAUAAUGAAACGACAAUGUUUUAUCAAAAAAAUACAAAAUGAAAAAGGGUUGUUAUUCCCUCAUGUGCUGGUUUUUAGCAAAGGUUUCUCAAACGGGAGUUCAUAGUGUAGUUAUUUUGGACUUUUCUAAGCCGCAGCAUGUCGAUGUACACGUCAAAUAAACUACGGCACCAUUGUUUACUGUAAUAGAAAAACGUGUGUUUUACUGUUUUUUUUCUAUUUUGGUCUUUUUGGGGGGGAUUUGUUGGAAAAUGAUCAAAUAUGUCCUGCCUUAUCCUAAAGUAAUUCAAUUAUAUCCAGUUUCUCUCAAUGUGAUCGGUGCUUCCCCCCCCCCCCCGUACCAGUAAUUAAAAGCUUCCUGCGCUGUCCGAAGAGGAGGAAACGGUACUGUGUUACGUGUUGAUUGUGAACGCGAUGUCGGCCUUUUGGGUUUGGAGUGACCGAAAGGUUUUGCACCACUUUCAUGUUAAACAACCUCCCCACGAACAAUAUAGGACGGGGACAUGGGGAUUGUAAAUCCAGAGAUUUAAAGGUAAAAGGCAAACGUUUGUGAAGCUUCAAAAAGGGAAAGAACAAGGGAAAAUUAUGCAAAUAUAUCAGUUAUUUUGGCAAAUCCAGCACUGGUGUUUUGGGUGGAAAUAACAAUAAUAAUAUAGUCUUCUCUCUGUUUCUGUCCCCUAGAUAAAUUCUAGAAAAAAAAUCAAUCAAUGAAAGGACGUUAUUUCACAGCUGAUGAGAGUCGGUUGACAAAGUGGCAACUUGAAAGUCUCUUUAAAUUAUCAAUGUACUUGAAAUUCACAAUUUUAAAGGAAAUAAAGUAAUUGAGAAUAUGCAGGAAUACACUUGAAAAAUAAUCCUCUGGUUGGUGUGCUAUUCCAUUCUGUGAAAUGAUGUUGAAAGCCUCAGCAACAAGCAUUCAGAGGACCUUGAGUUGGGACGGAAAGCUCCACAAUAGGCGAAAAAUAAUCAGCUCAAUAAUCCCAAAAGAUUGUCACCGGAUGAACGGAAUGACGCAUUGUGACCUUGAAACUAAGCGGUGAUUGGUUCCGGUUUAUGGCCUUACUCCUACAUUAGUAUUUGAAUCGCAUCCUGUUGCUCGUUGUUGUUCAUUUAAAGUCGAUGUUUGAAAUAGUCUGUGUUUACUGGCCAAGUGUGCAAUUGUUAUUUGUGUGAAACAAUGUGUUUAUUUGUCUUGUUUUGCUAACGCGAGACUCCGAUUUAACUUUAGCGUGUUUUUGGUUCACAAAGCACCGGGUGAAAUUGUUUCGUUUGUAUCGGUGUACUGCGUGUGGCAUUCCUGUCAUUCUUUUGUCAUGUUUUAAAAACCGAGGUACGCCAAAUUGGUCACUCUACUACGUCCUUUUGUAAGAACAACCGAGUAGUGGCACUCCUCUUGCUGCUACGUGGGAUAAAAUGACCGAAUGGACCCUUCUCCGUCUCACUGUUAAACAGCGGGCCUCUGCUGUGGGCUUGCUAACUUGGAUCUCGGUAUCCACAGACACACACAGUAGGGCUUUGACCAUCCAUCACCACCAGGCUUCAACAACCGUCACUUGUUCAUCGCUUCUUUAUGUGAUGGACUUGCCUCCGCAGGCAUUG